AUGCCCUCGCCGCAGUUUGCUCCUCACGGUCGUCCACAGCACUCCACGUUCGCAACCAUCCUCGGAAAUCCGCAGCCAAACGUCCCAACUGCCAGGUCGGAACGCAUCAGCAGAGGCCGCGGCAACUCGCAGUCUUGCCCUCAUUUCAGCUUUCGCCGAGAAGAGAACAAGACUCCCAAGAAGCCUCAGCCACCACCUUCCGCCAUGGCCAAGUCGCGAGAUGUCAACAAGGAGGCCGUCAUACGACGGCUGCGCGCACGCCUCGAUCGCCGGUCCCGUGGCGCGGACGCUGAAGCUGAUGCCCCGCUCCGUGCCCAAGUGGACUUCUACGUCCGCCUGCGCGCUGCGCUCUUCGCCAACAGCGGCUCCACGAACAUGGACGCCGUGGACGCCGUCGCCGUCGCCGUCUUGGCCGACGACACGCUCUUUCCCGUCGAGCUACUAGAGACCGAGACCCUGCCGCCGCUGCCUGACUCGCUGCACGUCGUCGCUGCGCCCCCGCAUGACCUGUUCACCGUACCCGCGCCGCAGACACGCUCGUCUGGCAAGCGACCGACCACUAGGAGCGCCUCCAAACCCCCUCCGUCCAAGAUGCAGCGCAAGUCCAGGGCCCAGUACCAAGACGAAGACGACGCAGACGACGCAGACGACGAGGAGGGUGCCCCCGAGGGCGACGGCGCGGAGGAGUACGAGUUUCCGCUGCCCGCCAAGUGCCCGGCCACCAUCCGUCGCGACAUCUCCAAGAUCAUCAAGCAGGCGGGCACCCAGGGCAAGACUCCUCCGCGUAUGGCGUACCCGUGGACCGGUCAGCGUGUCUGGCAUGACCCUCAGGAGCACCCUGCGCUGCACGUGGCGCACUGGCGCUUCUGGAUGCACUGGCGCGACGUCUUCUUCGCCUGCGCGCUGUACGCGCCUUCUGACGAGUGCAACGCCCGCCGCAAGAAGAAGUCGAACGUCGGCCAGGCACGGCUCGCCUUCAUCAGCCUGAACAUCGUCGAGCUCGGCUUCUACGACUUUCUGGACGACGGAUACCAGUCCAUCUCCGAUCUCCUCGAGCAGACGGACGCGCUGAACCCGACCAAGCCAGCGCACCUUCGCCUCAGCGACGAAGCCCUCGCCCGCGUCGUCAUCGACAUCACCGGCGGCAGCCCGCCCAACCCGUCGUGGGUCGGCAACAAGAGCGCCGGCACCCGGAAGGUUCUGCUGGGGGACGCUCGCAUCCGAGCCCUCGCCAAGAAGCUCAAGCCGCUCCGCGACAACUACUCGGACUUCGAGGACGACGAAGACAUGUUCACGGUGCUGCCCCCGACGCCAGAUCUCGACGAGGAGGACGACGGCGAGCCCGACGAGUUGGACGAACAUCUGCCCGAGACCGAGGCCGACCAAGAUCAGGAUGACGACGAAGAGCAAGACGACCACGAGGUCGACGAAGACCGCAGUUCGGGCGCCAACGACCCCACGGACGACGACAAGAAGAGUAGCGUCGGCGACGAGGGCGACGACACUUCGUCCAAGAAGAGUGCUGCUCCUCCGGCUUCUCCCAAGUCCAAGUAA